GCCUAUUUCUUGUUUGCCGCGUUACAUGAGUACGUCGCCGAGAAGAGACCGAUUCGUUCGCGUUCUUCCGACACCUACGUGUACCAACGCGUGAAUCCCUUGUAUGUCUUGGAUACUUAACCCAGACGGUGAUCGUACUAAGGCUGGGGCUACGGAUACAACUGCCGUAGACACUAACCCCAAGGUUCCUGAUCCUGUAGACAAGAACAGACUCGUAUCUACUAAGCCGGCGAAUCGCCCAUUCCUCGCGCACAAGGAGUAUCGCCGAAAGAUGGAAAAGGAACACGAGGCAUGGGUACAGCGCAGGAAGGAACGCGAGGACAAGGUCGCUAAAGGAGAGAAAGUUGGACCUGAAGAACCCGAUCCUACAGACGAACCUGAAGUAGGCUGCCUGGGUCUACUGAAAUUCCUGAUCAUGGCUGCCGUGGUCAUUAUCCUGGCUGGUAAAUUCUUCACUGGGAGCUUCCUGUGGGAGAUGGACUUGCCUGACCUUCGGCAAUUCAUUCCGACGAACCAGAGGCUGUUCUCAGAGAGCAUGCUCGCGACCUUUGACGGUAGUGACCUUGAUAAGCCCGUCUUUCUUGCUAUUGAUGGAGAUGUUUAUGAUGUGACUGCCGGCCGCGCGACAUAUGGCCCAGGAGGUUCAUAUCAUUUCAUGGCUGGACGAGAUGCUGCGCGAGCCUACGCCACAGGUUGUUUCCAGACUCAUCUCACUCAUGAUAUUCGAGGCUUGAGUGAGAGGGAGAUGCAGGGUUUGGAACAUUGGAAAAAGUUCUACACCGAGUCAAAGAAAUACCACAAGGUUGGCCGUGUCUCACAUCCUCCCAUCGAUCCUCUCAGUCCUAUCCCUGAACAUUGCGAUCCGAAGAAAGCGGAGAAGGCUCAGGAGCGAGAAAGAGCCAAGGCGCAUGAGGCGGACUCGAAGCACAGCGAACUAUGAGAUCGAGGAUAUUUAGAUAAUUUAUAGUAUGAAUUACAAGUCUACAGGAUGAUGGUAUAACAACAUCAAGUCCGGAGAUAAAGACCGUUGUGUCCAAAACAGGGCUUGAACCUGCAGGAGCUCAACACACUGGAGAAUCUAUGAGUGAAAGUCGAGGCGCAGGCGUGAAGGAAAUGAAACUAAUCUAGGCUAUCAUCGGGCAGGAUCAGCACAAGGCGAGAUGCAUAGAAGAGGUACGACUUACGUAGUAGCGUCACUCUAUGGCUUGUGGUGGUUAGAAAGAUAGUUCUUCACUAGUGGGAAAUCCGCCAUGGAGGCAUUCAUCAUGGCGGAGUACCUAGUGUCACAGUACUUCGCGACGACGAUAUUGCCUCGCCAGGCAGAUGAGUCCUUGUAGGAACUCCUCUGAAUCUCGCGGAUGCACUUGUUGAUGGGGAAAGGCAUCCCAUCCCGAGACACAGUGGGGUAGAAGAUUAUGUAUGGAGUAGUAAACUUCUUAUUCAUGCCAUCAAGUGCUUCC